CUCCCGAAGGUAUCGACACGGAAGUGUCCGAUAUGCCUGCUGGUCCUGAGGAAGCCCUCCCAGGUCGAGUGCUGCGGCCGAGUCUUCUGCACCGGCUGUCUGCAGAGGGCCCUGAGAGACAGCGACGACCGCUGCCCGAUGUGCAACGCGCGCGCACCUCGCAUGUUUACGGACCAGAACUUUCGCCGCAUUCUGGCUGGGUUCCGUGUCUACUGCGUGCACAGGUCGCGUGGCGAAGGAGAGAGAGGGUGCCAGUGGACUGGGGAGCUGAGACAGCUGGGCAGCCACCUGAACCCCAAUCAAAACCAAAAAGGGUGUCUAUUUGUUAACGUUACAUGCAGUUUGUGUGGUGAAACGAUGAAGCGAUCCAGUCUCUCCCAACACCAAGAGUCGGACUGCCCCAAACGUAGCUAUUCCUGUCCUCACUGCUAUAUCCAGAGCAACUACAACAACAUUGUCAACAGCCACUUGGGCAAGUGUCCGUACUACCCCUGUCGGUGCCCCCACUGUGACCUAAUGACCGAACGCUGUGAA